GCUUACCUUUUUUGAUUUCGAAUUAAAUCAUUUAUUUAAAAUUCCAUCUAAAAAUCCAAUCGAAAUGAUUAUAUGUAUUACAUAUGUAAUUAACAAUAUUAUUUUGACCACCGUCAACUAAAGUAUAGAUUGAAUUUAAAGUUAAAAAUGAUCAAGAACCGAACUAAGAUAAUGCAAAAUAAAUAAAAUUUGGAAUCAUAACUGCUCCACAUAUUCCUUGCUGCACGGUACCUAUCGCAUUUAAUUUUAGUAUGACAGAUAAUAUUUUAUAUGGGAUUGGUGGGAAUGAAAAGAAAGUUUAUAUAUUAGAUGGAGGAUUUUCAUCACAGUUAUCGAGACACGUAGGUACCACUGCCGAUAGUGACCCGCUAUGGACCUCUAGAUUUUUGAAUACACAUCCUGAAGAUGUUGUAAAAACCCACCUGGAUUUCAUUCGAGCAGGUUCCGAUAUUAUAUCUACAAACACGUAUCAGGCAUCAGUUGGAGCUUUUUUGAGACAUCUUGGUGUGAGUUCGGACGAGGCGUACGGCCUUAUCCAGCGAGCUGUCAGGUUAGCUCAGAAAGCAAGGAUUAAGUAUUCAGAGGAAUGUAAAUUAUUAUCAAUUUCAUCUCGGAAUAUUCUCAUUGCUGGCUCUGUAGGUCCUUAUGGAGCAGCACUCAAUGACGGCUCAGAGUACAGUGGAAGUUACACUGAUUUAAUUUCUGAAGAAACAAUGAAAAAUUGGCACAGGCCUCGCAUUGAAGCAUUGCUUCAGUCUGAAGUUGACUUUCUUGCGAUUGAGACCAUACCCUGUGAAAAGGAAGCUCUAGUCUUAGUCAACAUGUUGAAAGAUUAUCCUUCAGCCAAAGCAUGGAUUUCCGUCAGCUGUAAGGAUGAUACAAGUCUAUCCCAUGGUGAAAACUUUCAAGAAGUAGCCAGAAAGUGCUGGGAAUCAAAUCAUGAACAGUUGAUUGCAGUUGGUAUGAAUUGCUGCUCACCAAAAUGGGUUGCUAACUUGGUUAGGAACAUAGGUAAUAUACCAAUUGUGGCAUAUCCUAACUCUGGAGAGAAGUGGGAUCCUGGUGUGGGAUGGAAGGAUGAUCAGUGUGAGCCUCUUUGUACAUUUGUUCCAGAAUGGUUGCAGCUGAAUGUACAGUAUAUUGGAGGUUGCUGUAGGACAUAUAGUGAGGACAUAGCGGCUAUCAGAAAUAAAGUUGAACAUUAUAGAGACAAUAUAAACUUAUAAUAAUAAUGAAAUAAUUGUUGGACAAUACAGUGUACUUAUUACAAAGAAUCUUUUAUAUCAUAUUUAUGGUCGGUGUUUAUAGUUGAUUUACAGGUUGGAUUCUCAGACCAAGAGAUGAGUUGGUUGAUCUUACAUAUUAUGGUGACACAAUCUUGUUUAUGUUCACAUUUCAAUAUUAGGCCAAUGUAACCAUUAAUGUUUUUUUGUUUUGUAUUAUAAAAAUUAAUAUAACAUCAUGUUGA